AUGGCAAUAAUAGAACAGGAAGAAGCAAGAAAAAAACAAGAAAUGAUAAGCAGAAACCAAGAAGCCUCACUCAGAAAAAUUGAGAGGCAAAUGGAACAACUGGCUAAGCACCUUGCAGAAACAAGCGAGCAGAUGGCAAAUAUGUCUCUCAGGGCCACCGAAGAUGACCCAAAGAACAGCGAAAAAGCUGCUAGGUUGAAAAAAGAGAAAGCAGUCAUGGAGGAAGUAACCAAGAAUGGGUUCUCUAGUGACACAGAAAAGAAUCCUAAAGGGGAACAAAAGAGAGUGAGAUGGGAAGAAUGCAAGGCCAUCACUAUAUUGAAGGAAGUUUCAGAAGAAGAAGGAAUCAGGCCCUCAGAGCAGGAGCCAGAAAUCUUGAAGGAAGAAGUUAAGCAGGAAAGUGGAACUGAGCAAGCCAAGGAACUGCAAAAAGGCAUGCUGGAAAUAUACCAACCAAAAGCGAUGUAUUUCCAGUGGGGAGUAUAG